UGUGUAUGUUCUAUCAUCUACCACGAAGGUUAUUUACCCCAGGUACAUUUAUAUCACUUUCGCACGGUGAUCAGGUAUUAUAUAUUUUGCUCAUAGAAGCCACACUGCUAGCCAAACAUCCUUAAACCGCAAAGAUGCCUAUGUUAGGAAAGAAAUUGAUUGCUGACACUUUACUGGUCGGCGAUGAUGAUGCCUGGUAUCCUGGCAAGAAAGCCCUAGAAGGCUUCAGCAAGUUGAACGAAACUCUAUCUUCAAAACUUAAGCUGAACUUGGGCGGAAGUCUAAAGGACCCUAUUUUGGGGCUCGAGAAGGGCUCGCUAAAGAAAUAUACAAAGGUGAGAGAUUAUAAUGUCGGAUACGUACGGCUUGGAUCUUUUUCACUCAGUGUAAAGUGA